AAAGGAAAAGAUUCGCUGAAUUUAAUUUUCUCGGUCAGCAAACAUCAGAAAAUGCCUUCAAAUCCAAAGUUAGGGACUGGGUUGCGAGAAUUCCUCAUAGUAGCUAAUGGCAAUGUGGAUAACCGUAAUAGGGACAAGCUCAAUUUGGCUUUAGAUGAACUAAGCGGCACAAAUUUCAAGAAAAUUUCGAUAGAAUCGUGCCAGGACCUCAUGAAAGUUCUGGCACAUGCAAUGCAAAUUGUAGACCCAGCUGAUUCAACUUUGGCAGCAAAAAUUUGCCAUAUAUUGUCUUGUGCAGCUCAACCACAUUCUGCUAAAAUAUUCGCCUCAAGCCCUCAGAUGGCAUCAUUGAUGGAGGAUUGGUGCCUGAGGGCUUUCCAGAUUGGAAGUGAAUUGUCCUUGUUGCAAGCUCUGUCAUCUUUAGAAAUGAUUCUCAGAGGUCGUGCUAUCACGGUGGAUCCUAAGACACUCUCGGCGCUGUUGAAUGAGAAACAGCCUGAAUCGCUGACAAAUUGGCUCAAGCGAGACUAUCUAGAUACGCUGAAGGUUUUGCCGCCAGACGAAGUUAAAGUGGCAGCAUUGCGAGUGGUCAAAGCCAUUUCGAGUCCUACCGAGACUGGGGUUUUGGUAAUUGGCAGCGCCCAUUCGUCGUCUAGAGUUCGCAGACUAGAAGCUUGCACUGUGAUUUUCAAAAACCAAUUAUCCAACAGCUCUAUCACAGCAGGUCUUCAUCAUCUCAAGGUGAUUUCCACUUGCCUGAGAGGACUACAAGCGGUUCUCUUACAGAGGCCAGUAGCACUGGAUUUUCAAACCGGAUUUGGAUAUGUUCGAGCAUUUUGGCUUGUCGGCCUGCCAGAGUACGACAGUUCCAGUUUCCCACCAAUUCCUGCUGAACCAGGGCCUCCACCUCCAACCGCAGCUUCAGUUCUGAGGUCAGGGCCAAGAAGAGGUCCUCAUGGCCCUAACAGAUCUGCAAACGCUAAGCAAGUUCGGCGCUUGCGAUCUGCACUAGUCAAAGAAACAGACGAUGACAGUGGGGCAGCGUUAAGUCGGAGAGAAUUUGACGAAACUGGAUUCUGGUCCCAAAAUAGCGACUCUGAGGACACGUCUGAUUCCAACAUAGCGAGCGGUAAAGGAGGUCGGGACAUUGCCACUGCUUAUGCAUCAGUACGAUUUGCUGCAAUCCGCCUGCUACUGCUCUUAAUUAAGAAUACUGAGCCGCAAGUUUUGAUGGCCUUCUGGGACCAACUAGUGCCUUAUUCGCCUCCUGGAGGCCCACCACCAAUCAAACCGAGCUUGCCUUGCUGUCUUCUACGAGACCCCAAUACUGGAAGCAAAAUCGCGGCUGCCCAGUGUUUUGGAGACCUCCUCAAUCGAUGCCGAAUGUACCUGAUCAUGGCUGAGGCCAGCUCUGGUCAGCUGGCCUUCACGCCCUGGUCACACAGUCUGGCCCAGUCACUGGAAUCUUGCCAGAGGUACCUUACCCUUUCGCUCAGCUCCAACAGAAUCGUUCAGUGCCUUGCAGCUAUUUUGACCGCCUUGUCCUCUUUGGUUGUGGCAACACCCUACCACAGACUGCCUGGUGGAUUGCUGACCAGACUCUCUAGAUCUGUGCGACCAUUUCUCAUCAACAAAAAUGUCGAUGUAAAAUCUGCAGCUCUUUCUGUCUUCACUGGUUUGGUGUCUUCUUCAGCUGCUAAUCACAAAUUACCAGAACUGCAAACAAUCCUUCAAAAGCCAGAACCAUCCUCCCUUUUUGGCUCAGUUGAAAAUUCAUCGGCAAAUAUGACCAGUGAAGAUGAGAGACCAGAAAUUAGUGGUUUGGACAACAGUGACGAAAUUGAGGAUUUUGUUGAGUAUGACAAUUCAGACUUGGGCAAAACGUGGCUAGUUGAGUACUGUUUGAGUUAUUUACAGAGGAGUGAUGCAGGCCUAAAAUUGAAACUGGAGGUUUGCCGUGCUAUAGCAGCAAUUUCUAGGUCAUACUUUGAGCUGCUACUUGCUGACAAUGGCAACACACUUGUUACCACUGCAAAUCUACUUGUGCAAGCCUUUGUUUCUGAAGAAAAUGAUUCAAAACUGCAGUUGGCGGCUGGCCGAGGCAUUGUCGACCUGGGUGAUAGCUUUGCAAAAUACAUGGAGGAUCCUGAUAACAACUACAAUCUGAAGUAUGGAUUGUCCAUGUGGAGCACCAUUAUUGGGAAUUCUGUGCCGAGACUUUCGACAGAUGCAAACCCCAGCUUCCGAUCUCUUCUCUGUGAUAUUUUGUCCUCCAUGGGCCCCCAAGUGUAUGAAAAUAUUGAAAGGUCUUCAAGACUUUUAAUAGCAUUUACACUUUUUGAGCUGUGCAGAGAUCAAUGUACGAAUGUCAAAAUCCAAGCUGUCAGAGCUCUGGGUAUGUGUGCUGGCUGGCCAAUUGAAAUGGAGGAUGGACAAUUCUUGCUGGACGCAACUGAAUAUGUAUCAAGUGCCAUUUCCAAUGAAGAAGACGCAGAUCUAAUUAACAAAGUCACUUGGGCUUUAGGAAAUAUAUCUGAUGAACUUUUGACAAAGAAGGACAAAGGAUUCCCUGACACUGUGCCCAGUAACCUGGUAGUGAAGCUAAUCCAGGAUUCUCUUAAAUUCUGCAGCGAUGAUGCGCUGAAGUUAAAUGCUGUUCGUUCCCUUGGAAACCUGAUACGGCUACUUCCUCCUGAGCAGCUUCGAAAGCCAGCAGUUCGAGAACUUGUUUUCCAUUCAGUGAAUGCAAUUAUCACAUGCGCAUCAGAUCCAAAAACCAACGUGAUGAAAUUCAAGUGGAAUGCUUUGUACUCUUUGGCUUCUCUUCUCCGGGGAACGGAGCUGCAUGACGAGGUGCAGAAUUGGCAGUCCAUGAUUUUCCCUGUCCUCUGCGACAUGGUCGUCAACACCCCCAACUUUAAAGUGAGGAUCAGCGCUGCAAUAGCGCUAGCUGCUCCUCGAACCAGAGCCAACUACCUCGGUUUCUAUUUGACUUCAUGGAACGCGCUACUAGAGGCACUCUCAUCCGCCGACAAUGUGCAGGAUUUCAAGGAAUUCCAGCACCGAGACAACCUUGUUGACCAGAUCUGCCUUUCAAUCUGCCACCUUGUUAGCUGCCUGACUGCGGAAGAUUUGUCUGGAGGAAUGAACGGAUCUCUCAUCCAACUGGUUAUGGGUUCUGAGGAAAACUUGGUCACUCAGCUGCAGCGAGUGAGAUUGCGGGUAGUCCCUGAGAAAGCGCAGCCGUUUAGCAACGCUCUGGACCACGUCAAAAGAUUGGCUGCAACUAACUCAGGAGGCGUGAAAGACGUUUGUGAACAGCUGGUGUGCAUAUUGAGCUCAGGACAAGCAUUUCUCGACGAAGUUUGCUAACUUAAUUAAUAAAUGGAAAGGUACUGAUACUAUGCAGUUAAAA